UUGUCGCUCAACUCAUCAUAAAUAUCAUUUACGACUGCGGAGUUAAUCAAAUUAUUUAUUUACGCAUAAUCGACGUUAUUAUUUCAAUUAUAAGUAAUAUUUAUCACAAAGUAAAGAAGUAGAAUGUGAAAAUGUUAAAGUACAUCAAAAGGCAGACGAGCCGCAGACGCAGCUCUCACGACACGGAUGCCAAUGAUGAUGAUGUGGUUGAUUGUUCGGCUGCGGCGCAAAAGCGUCAUUCGCUGCGCUCGACAACAAGUUUCUGUGAUGAGUAUUCAUGGAGGAAGAGACGGAGGCGGUCGCGGUCGCAGUCGCAACGUCCGAUGCAGUCAGCUUGGGCAAUAACAGUUUGCUAAAUUUCGUGGGCGCGUCCGCUGAUGAUGGUAAUGAGCCAAUGGUAUUUGCAAAACAAGCUAAAAAGGUUAUCAUUCAUAUAUUCAAAUACAGUUCCCGUCUGUCCAUGACGUUGGCGGCAAUUGUGAGCGAACCCGAUUGCCUGAGCUACUUUGUACAAUAUUUGGAGACACAGAAUGCGCUGUCGCUAAUCAAAUUCUAUUUGGACAUAGAGAACUUCAAGCGGGCGGCAUUAACUCAAUUACAACACGAGCGGACAACUGAUAUACUUAGUAAUAUAGCUGCAGUUGAUGAGGAACAAACUGAGGAACCAGUUGUGCCCCCGUCCGUUGCUGGGGAAGAGGAGAACAAUGUACCUGAACUAAAAACAAUGUGCGACUUGUCUAUGCGCAAACCUCUAACCGAUGAUGAGAAGAGUCGCAUCUAUGCAGAGACAAAUAAACAGAUUCACAAUAAACCAGGAACUGGAAUGACGUGUCGCCUCAAGGCCAACUUAGACCAGGGAGCGAUAAGUGCAGCCAGCAUUAAUGAUGCAAUCGCCAUUUAUCAAAAGUAUUUGAUUGUGAAUGCGUCACAAAUGGUUGAUCUGCCCAUUGUCAUAUUGGCACACAUAUCGCUGCUUUUGUGCAGCAAGGACAGCAGCAAGUCACCGCACCAGGCGAUACCCGCCAGCUGUUUCGAUGAGGCACGCGAAUAUUUGCUGCAACAGCUGGAGCAACAUCAUUUGCAGGGCUUUCUGCAGAGCAGCUACUACUGCAAGUACUGCGUGGAGUUAAUCGAAGGCAAUGUGGCGACUCUUAACAUCUACGAUGUGCUGUACGAUGAGCUGGCACUUUUCUACUUGACCGAGUACCUGGAGCAACAGCAGGAGCGCGAAUGCCUUGAGUUUUGGAUAACAGCCAUCAACUUUCGUAAGAGCUACGAUGAUCAACGUGCCGCACAGUCCGAUGCGAUGAUCAUUUACGAACGCUACUUUUCACUGCAGGCCGAGUGCCGACUUUGGAUGUCCCAAAAGCUACGGAUGCGCGUCGAGCAGGCAAUCUGUGCUCCCGGUCAGCUGGCACAGGCCUUUGAUCUAGCGCUACGGGUCACCGCCAAGUAUUUGGAGCAAAAGCAUUUUGCCAACUUUCUCAAAUCAAACAUUUUCGACAACUAUGUGACAGAGCUGAAGGCUAAGAUGUGUCCUCAACUGCCAGUGGAUAUUCCGGAUAGUUCCAGCUUGCAGCACAAACUGAGUCUGCGACGUACACCCAAAAUAGGCACACAACAGCGUCAUCGCAAAACCAUGUCCAUGUCAGACUGCACACACAUAUCGCAGCACAAUACACUACUGGCUGGACUGGACACAGGCCAAAAACCGAUCAAACCACAGCAAACUACAACGACAGCAAACAUGAACAUCGAUGCCAGGCAACUGACAAAUCCACAAUUGCUUUGGCAACGUCCGGUAAGCGCACUAAAAUUCGGACACGUCAACUCUCUAGGCAGAUAUGAGCGGGAUUUCGAAGCCGUGGAUGCUGUGUCUGCAUCCAAGACGCCGGCUUGGUCGCUGAGCGUUAAGAAUGCAAUGCGUAAACUUGUCAAUCUGCCGGAGGAUAAUGUACAGGAAGAGAUCGCUUGGCAAGUAGCCGAGAUGAUUGUCAAGGAUGUGACGAGUAUCACACUGCAGCGCAAAAAUUGAAUCGAAUACCACACAAGCUUAUUGCAAUAUUUAUUUAAUUAUAUACUGUUUUUAUUAUUAUGUAUAAUUAUUGUUGUAGCGCUCAAAUAAUUGAUGAAUCUCUUCGAGUGCACAAAGUCUGUCUUAAAUGCACUCUCUUUUUCUACAAAGUACUCUAUUGUACAAAACUACUGAACAAAGCCCGCUUUUAGUUUUAGUUUUUUUUAACUAACCGAAGAUGCUUAAUUAUGAAAAAAAAAUUAAUUCAUUUAACCAUGAACUUUACAUGGAAAGCAUAUCAAACUGCAUUCUCUUUAAUGCUCGCUCAUUCGUUAUGCAAAGCACAUAAAAUAUAAACUUACAAGUUUCCUUGAUUUGGUACCUAAACAUACGCAUAUGUUUAUUUCAAGUUAUGUUCCACAUAUUAAACGAAUUUGUACUUUCA